AUGGAGAAGAUAAACGAAGUGAGGGGUUUGUUUGAGGCGAGGACGAAGGAAGCGUCAAAUACUUCGGGGGAGUUCGACCCGCGUGAUCUAGAGAGGGUGUCGGAUGACAGGUAUGUCGCGAGAGUGCUGGAUCACUGCGAAGGCGACGCUAAGGCUGCCGCUAAAAUGCUGUGGGAGAUACUCACUUGGAGGAAGAAGGUUGACGCCAACGGGAUAAGGGAAAUAGUGAAACUGGACUACCUGAAGGCGGGGAUCUUUUUCCCCCACGGGAGGGAUGUAGAAGGCUCUCUGCUGUUCGUGACGAAGUGGAAACUGUACACGCGUGGCAAGACAGACGUCGAGGAGCUGAAAAAGGUGAUAGUCUACUGGUUGGAGAGGAUGGAGAAGGAAGAGGAGGGCCGGCCGGUCUCCCUUUUCUUCGACAUGGACAACUGCGGCGUCAGCAACAUGGAUUUGGACCUGAUCAUGUACAUGAUAACGCUGCUCAAGAGCUACUACCCGAAGUUCGUGAACUACAGCCUGAUAUACCAGAUGCCGUGGAUAAUGUCCGCCGGAUUCAAGCUGAUUAAGGGCCUGUUCCCGGCGAAGGCGCUGGAGCGGUUCCGCUUCGUCAAUAAGGACAACUUGAAGGAAUACGUGGCGCAGGAACAGGCGCUGGUCUGCUGGGGUGGCAGCGACCUGUACGAGUUUCAGUUUGUGCCCGAGACUUCUGUUUCUGGGCAG